UGUCUGGGUUACGAAGUUAAAUUGCAAACAUGGAUUUAAUCUUCGUACCCCAGCGAGGAAGACCAUUCAUGAUUGAAGUAUGGUUCUACGACACUGUCCUUGCCAUCAAAGAGAAGAUUGAAAAGUACCAAGGCAUUCCCGUCUCCAUGCAAACCCUAAUCUUCAAGGGCCAAACUCUCCCAGACGACGCCGACAUCGAGAAAUGCGUUCUCCUCAAUAACUCCCGCGUUCAGCUCCACAUCGCCGCCGAUUUCUUCAAGACCCAGCCCGGCAAGACAGAGGAGUUUUCUCCGGCGCCCUCCACCGUGAAAUUGCUCAUCAACGUGAAGACCCCUUCGUCCAAGGUCUACACCCUAGAAAUGGACGCAAACGACACUGUCUUGAAGCUGAAAGAAAGAAUUCAAGAAAUCGAGGUCGUUCCGGCCAAUAACAGGCUAGCCGUCCAUUUAUCGGGUAAUGAAUUGCACGACCAUCAGAUGUUGCUAGAUUGUGAGAUUUGUGAAUAUUCUGAGAUUGAGGUCAGUUUGAGACCACUGCCUAUUGCCGCGCCGGCGACAAGCAGCGGGGCUAACAAUGGGGGUGGAGGAGGUGGCGGUGGAGGAUCGAAGAAGUUGAGGGUGAUGAUUCUGACUAAAUGUGGGAAGAAGAAGAUACCAGUGGAUGUGAAUCCAAGUGAUAACGUGGGAGAGUUGAGGAAGGAGCUUCAGAAGUUGCAUCAGAGGAAUCAGCUUCCUCUUCCUUCGGAUGGCUAUUUCUUCAUUUACGGGCAGAGUGUGAUGGACGACGAUAAGUCCUUUCGGUGGCACCAAGUUGCUCAGGGAGACACCAUCGAAAUCUUCAACGGAAGCGUCACUGGUGGUGGAUCUUAA